CUAAAAUUGACGUUUCAAUUUGUAACUUGCACCACUCUCAAUAUUUUGCACAAUUUUGAGCUAAAGCACAGCUUUUGUAUCUAAAAUAUGCUAUUAGGAAUAGUUCAGUGAUAAUAAUCUCAUAGUUUUUACUGAGAAUGGGUGGCAAAUCCAAGCAGACUCAGCGGACGAAGAAUAAUGUUCGGCCAUCAAGCAGCGGCCGCAGCGCCGAGCUCCUAAACAACCGCAUGGACCCCGGCCUCAUGAGCACAAGCUCAGGCAAGGUGCUGCCAGUGCUGUUCCCGACAUUGGCUGCUCCAUUGGAUCCGACACUAAACCCAGACUUUUCACUGUGUCUGAAGAAGCUGAAUAAGAAGGAUCCUAUUACGAAAACUAAGGCACUACAAGAGCUGUGUGACCUGGUCAAAAAAGGAGACGUAGAAGACGUAGUAGCAGCACUGGGCAGCUGGGCACACUACUAUAGGCAACUCACUACUGACACCGAUCACAAAGUGCGAGAGGCUGCACAGGUGGCGCAUGGCGUCAUCGCUGGCGCUUGUGGGCGCCGCUUGGCGCCACAUCUGAAAUCAUUACUGCCCCCGUGGCUUCAGGCCCAGUAUGAUGAGUACGCCCCGGCCGCUACAGCCGCCCGCGCCUCUCUGACGUCAACAUUCCCAGAAAGCAAGCUGCCGGAUGUGAUCUCCUUCUGCAUGUCUGAAGUCAUCGCCCAUCUUUUAGAGAACCUUGUCGGCAACGCCGAGUCUGCCCUGAGCAAGAAGAUCCUGACACCCGAGGAGAAGGAGCUCCAAUGGGCUAGGCUAGUAACAGCCAGUCUCCAAGGCUUGGAGUUCUUCGUACAACAUCUACCCUCGCAACAUGACGACUGGCUGUGGGGAGAACUAACGCCGCUCCUAGCGUCUAGCUCCUUCUGGAAGAUGGCCUCUACCAAGUCGCAGCAAGUCAGAGCAUCCUGGUUCGGCGCCCUCGGCCGUAUAAUCGCCCGCUACGGCGACACGUUUGGCGCCGCCCACGGUUCCCGUACGGCGAAACUGUUACUAGGAGCGCCCUCCACGCUCGCUCAACAAUGGUGCUGUCUUCUGGUGCUGCUGCGACAUGUCAAGGGCGACACGUGGUUAGACAAAAAGGAUCUUCUGAUCAAGAGGAUAAUCGACGUCUUAGAAAACGGGGGCUGGGGCGACGCGAAGCACCUGUCGAGCAUGCUGCUGCCGCUGCUGGCUUUCUUGCCACAACACAUGCUCACUAAACACUUCUACGAGACCUUUUUCAAUGCCGUAUUUAAAGGACUGGAGAAGAAAAGCGUAAUCAGCUCAAAAAGCGAACGACAAUCUUGGAUCACAAGCCUCUCCGAGUGCCUUCGCUACCUCUCACUCCAACACACAGAGUUCAUGGUGGAAGUGGCCACGGCGGUACAUAGGACGUGGUUGGAGAAAAUACUGACGGGUCAUGAUGGACAGACGACUUGUAAUUUGGUUAGAUAUUCGGGUGGAAACAUGGCAUCGCUGGUCAAAUACUGGCUGAGACAGUCACUGGAGGCUAAGGAAGGCGCCGACAAAUACGACCAGCUGGCCAGGAAUUUUUGGCAGAACAUCGCCUCCACCGUCGUCGCUCAGAUCGAUAAACUCUCCACCGACCAGAACGACAUUACCACCCUCGUCGACGCCCACAUAUUAUUGCUGCAAACCCUUAAAACUUCUCAAGAAACUAAGAAACCUAAGAGCAUUAAGUUCAACGAUGAGAAGCAAGCAGAGAAUGAUGAGACGGAAGAAACGAGCCAACAAUGUAAUGCAUCUAUCGAGGAAAGAUACAAACAUAACUUAAAUAACGUUGUUGAGAAGAUCUGUGCUCAGUACUUCGAGUUCGCUAGCAAAAAACAAGUCGCCAAUGCGGUUUUCAGUCCAGUACUUACGCUACUUAUUGAAUUCGAUGAUAAGGAUCUCUUCUUAGCGUUAUCAAAACACUUCGACUCGGAUUCCAUCUACGGAUUUUACGAUAAAACUUUAAAAGGAUGGUUGGCCGGCGAUACGAUGCGAUGCAAAGCAGCAGUGGAUAUCGUAUUCCUUUUAAUGAAACAUUUGUCUGAAAAAGAACAGGAUGCCUUGCUGGAAUCUUUCAAACAGUUCCCUCCGUCCGUCGUCGAGUGGUGUAUCUCUCUGUCCCUCUCGCACCCGCACUGCCGGAUGUCCGCGGUGCGGCGAUGGCUGCGAGGAACUUUGGUUGAGGAUAGUUUGGUCGCCGUGUGUAGGAGGAUGAUUGAUGAAGACGAUAGCAAGAGCAGGAGCUUGUUGCUCAUGUGUUUGGCGACGGAUGAUGGUGGCGAAAUAAUGAUAUCCCAGUCAUCAGUAUCAAAGAUAAUGGAGCUGGUCUGCACCGCGCUGAGUCCCACAGCACCGUCGUUAGAACGGCUGGCGGGAGCGGCGUCAGCGCUAGCCAGCGAGUUAAGCGGCUCCGACUGUACCCAGCUUGCUUUAUCUCUAUUCCGGUUGCAACUGACUGUACAGCGUGGUUCCGGCCUCCUAAACGUGGAGACGUGGUGCGAGGUGCGCAGCGCGUGGCAGGACGCGGGCGCCGGCCACCAGCAGUUCAGGGCUCAAGCGACGCAGGACGCUAAACUGGAACUUAUUCAUGACACGGAGUCCCUCGACGUCCAAAGGGUCGAGCACAUAGCCUCGCUCUGCCCGUACUUACUGCCUCAGUUCGGCGACUCGCAAAUGCCCGACGAGACGGAGGACGUUGCGGCGCUUCUUAAACAACUCUUCGACUUUGAGAAAACAGAGGAUUCUAUAGAGGUGUUCGCCCUCAGACACGACUGCAUCCACUCCAACCUGAACUGUCCGCUGGGCGACACGGACGCCAUUAGGACAGUAAUCGACCAGUCAGGGGACUCAUCACUAGACCUGGACCGAAAGGAGACUGUAGCGUAUAUGAACAAGGUUGUUUUCCGCGCGGCGCUGCUGCGUACACUGAUCUUACACAGGAACGAAGAAGAGGAGGCGUGGGGCGAAGAAUUGUUCAAAAACGAAUACAUAGUGGAAGAGUUCGCGCGAGUACUGCACGACUACGCGGUCGUGUGCUCGCUCUACGACGGAUACGCUUUUUGGCCCAAUUUCGAAAUCAUCAGCUUCGCCAAACAGCACCUAACUUGCAUCAUCGACGCCAUCACCGCAGACAUGACGUCACACUUCUCUCUACUGAACCACUUAACUCAGCGGGCUGCCACGGGAGGGUACUACUGGAGCUUCGCUAAAGUGAUUUUGGAGGAGAAACUUAGAGAGAAAGGAAGGGAAAACCGGGGUAGCGGGAUGGCGAGUCAUGGCGUGAAGUUAGAAGAAAUUGUCACUGGAAAUGGAUUUUUCCAUACUCUUCAGGCGGAAUCGAGAUCAUCACCAGACUCUCUAGCCCUUCUCCGCGCAAAAUACCUGGUGAUGCUCCGCAGCUUCUAUCUCGCUCACGCACACGAGCCGGAUGUCAUCGACGCGACAUUCAUUAGUGAGGCGGCUGCGGGCGUGCCCACCGACCCCUCUGUUAUAGUCAAUGCUUAUUAUAGGCAUCAGCAUACUAUGCUUUAUGAAUGCGACAUAUCGAAAGCAGAAUGGCGUCAAGUAGUGAGCAACACGGCCAUCGUGGAAUAUCUGGCGGAGAUGGUGGAGGCGGCGGGGUGGGAGGCCGCGGCCUCCAGCUGGGACUUCACCACCAUCUCGCUCUGCUCCCUCGCUGCCAGAAUACAUCCCAACUGCCCAAAGGCAAUAAUGUUGGCGCGUUCAGUCCUGCGUCUGUUCCUGGCGGUCCAUCGGUUCGUCACCUCCGUCCGCGGCGAGUGCCUCAAACGGGAGCCUUUACCUCACGUCGCUGAGCUGCCCACCGAGUGGAAGGACAUAUUCUCACCCGAUCUGCAGUGCAACUUGUUCUCUAUCGUCGUUAAAGUGCUCGGUAACGCAUCUGCGUCCCUAACGGCGCCGCAUGCUGCCUUCAUUGAUGCCUUGCUGCCCGUCGUGCGCACGCUGGAUUGGCACGCGUUACCGCUACAACAUCAGAAUGGUGACCUCUCUGUGGCGAAACUUUUGGAGGCGGGCGUGAAGGCACUUUCAGCGCCGGCGCACCCCGCCUACAAGUACCUCGCGCACGGACUGCUGAGUGCGCUGGCGAAGCCCCUCGUGCUGCAUGACGCGGAGAAACUGGCAGCAUGGAGCAACGAUGAUUCCAAUGAUGACUCUGAAUCGCCACGAUCACAACUCGCGAUAUGUGGCUUACAACCAGCACUCACCAAGUUACAAGAGCUUGUCGAUGCAGCCUUACACACGCUCAAAGUGGGAGAGGAGACUUGCGAGAUGGUGCCGGGAACUGACAGCCACAGCGUGGCUCUAGGGUACCUGUUGCUAGGGGAUGCGGCCUGCACCAUCUGCCAGCUUUCGCGUGGCGAUCUUGUGCACCAUUACAUUGAGAUCUUCAGGGAACCUCGUCACGCCGAGAUCCUGGUGACGUGCGCGUUACGACUGCUGCCCGCGCCCGUGGCGGCGCACGCGCAGGACAACGGCACGUCCCCGGCGCCCGCGCAGUAUGCCGGCAUGUUCCUCAACCCGCCACAAUUCUCCGUCAGGGAUCCCCCCUCGGCCCUGGACGUCGGGCGGCUGUCGUGCCGCGUCGUGCACCACUGCGCGCGCUGGGCGGGCGGCGCGCUGCGCGGCUGGUGGGGCGCCGCGCCGCCGCGCCCGGCCAGAGCGCUGGAGCGCCUGCUGAAGGCCUACGUGUCGCCGCAUCUUAUCAAGGAGCAGCUGUCGGCCGUCAGUGCCGGAGCUGAAGGAUUAGAAGACGCCGAGGUGACCGUCCACCCGUCCACCAACGAGGUGGUGGUGACGUACCUGGUGGAGGAGCGGCCGCUGGAGCUGGCGCUGGCGCUGGGCGCGGCGCACCCGCUGCCGCCGCCGCGCGUCACGGCGCCGCGCGCGCCGCCGCACAGCACGCACUGGCUCGCCGUCUACCUUGCCUAUCAGAACGGCACCGUCCUAAACGCGAUCCGCAUGUGGAUGGACACCGUCGCCAAACGCGUGGAAGCCUCCCCGCAGUGCUACAUCUGCUACUGCCGCCUGCACCCCUCGACGGGCCGCCUGCCCAAGGUGGUCUGCCACCAGUGUCGCAACAAGUUCCACGCUGAAUGCCUGCGCAAGUGGUUCCAAACAUCGAGCAAGUCCAACUGCCCGCUGUGCCGCGCCAACUUCUAAGCCCCGAGAGGCCUACAUGCGACCUGCUCAAGGCUUGUGGGAGGCCACUCAUCACUCCACGACUACAUGCUCACUCCCUCUUGAGCCUUAGACCUACGUAAGCCCACUCAUCAUUUGACUCCAUCAAGCUUACACUAUCCCGGGUUUCGAGACCUAGAGUCAUAGUCGGCCAAAACAUCCAUCAUGAUUCAUAAAAUCACAUUCGUGUUAAUCAUAUUUCUGGUUGGACUAAUCUAGAUGAUUUUUGAGAAAAUAAAAUAUGGAUUACAAAUAAUAACGUCUUGUUGAUUUUUUCAAGAAGAGUUGCGAAAGUUUAAAUAGGUAUAUUGACAGUGGCGUAGCGCGAACUAAUCUAGCCGUGGGCGAAAUCACAUCUGCGAAGCCCUUUUCUUUCAUUGUGUCCGAAAGGGCCUCGCGCCCCUUGGAGCACGAGGCCGUGGGUGACGGCCCACGUCGCCCACGCCUAGCUACGCCACUGUAUGUUGACAGGUAUCGGUCGAUAAAUCAUACUAAGCCUGAAUUAUGGUAAACCUCACGUUGACUAGUGUGACUACAUACAUACACAGUAUCUCGAGAAUCUUUAUACAGACUACGAAACCUUUUUUCUCAUGUUCCCACCUUUCGACCAGAUGGCUCGCUAAGUGAGCAAGACAUUUCACUACAAGUCGUUCGUAGGCUGCCUACAUACUCCAGUACAAAUGGAAUUAGUUUAUUCCAUAUCGAUCUUAAAAGGAUGUAAACAAAAAACCGGCCACGUGACUAUGUCAGACCAUACAUACAAAAUGUUAUUUUAAGAUUUAUAUGAAAUGGACAUAAAUUAGAGUAGGAAUAGGGAGUGUUACUGCAAUGUUCUGCCGCCAGAGUGCAGCACUAAUUUGUUUAGUAAACCAUAGAGUAACUUAUAUAUACCUUUUUUGACAAGUUUUCACUAUGACAUUGAUGCAUCAAGGCGGUUUGUGUACAGGUGGCCUACCGCGAACUGCGAAAAUCGAAAUUUCGUUAUCUGCGCCUCUCUAUCGAUCGAGUAAGCAAGAGUGAUAGAGAGGCAGAAACCGAACUUUCGAUUGUCGUGUUUCACGGUAGGCCAUGUGAUUGAGUUAGUAACGCGCUCUAGACAGAGUUUUGCGUAAUAUUCCCUAUUAAUUAAGAUGGGAAAUCUAAAUACGAGCAAUAAUUUAAAUAGGAGGUAAAUCUUAAAACUUAAAUACGCGAUUAAGUCCCGUUGUGUUGUUUGAUAAUAAUUAAAUGUUCAAAUCUUGCUUAGAAUCGUCUAUUGUGAAAAUUUGAUCGUAAUAAUUUAAUAGAUUGUGCUAAAUUAAAUAAUUAAGUACUUAAUGUUGUAAAUAUGUCUGUUUCAAUAAAGUAUGGAUUCAAGCAAAAUA